UAUAAAUACACUCUCAUCUGUGAAUCUCUUGUCCAUCAAGAUUUCUUUUGUAUCCAAAACCAAGAAAGAAGUGUACUACACAUAGACAGAGAUACUGGAGAGAAAAAGAAGAGGCAAAAAUGGCUGAUAUUGCGAUGUUGGUAGCUGAAGAGUAUGAAAGGAGGGUCAAGAAUUCAAGAAAAGCUUCUGCGGAUAAUGGAGAAGUAGAGAUAAACUGGGUUUCUUGCGUUUCUUUGGCUACUCAAAGUCUCAAGAAUAAGUUUAUGCAAGAAAAUAUUGAACUCAUUGCUAAAUGGGUGCUUGAGCCUAAGACUCAAAUUGGUCUUGCUGCUUCUAAUGGUUUCUUCUCUGCUUGACUUGAGUUCUUAAUCUUCUUCCUUUUCUUUUCUUUAUCUUUUUUCAUCCAUCUUUUUCUGUAUAUAUUGGAACCUUGAAUCAAAUGCUAAGCCUAAUAGCUUUAUUUUUA